CCUAAAAUUUUAAUAAUUUGUCAAUAAGUAAUUUUAUUGUAAUCGUAAAGAUUUAAUGGUAAAGACAACAAAGACUCUUCGUGGCUGUCAAAAUAAACGGAAGAAAAAAAAAAGUGUAAUAAAAAAGUUGAAAUCGUGAUGGAAAACAAUUUUUGGAAAAAUUCAAAGGAUGUGUUAGAUGACUUCGAACUUCUUAGUGAUUUUUAUGAUCCAAACGCACAAAUAAAAUGGAAUAUUACGAAAAAUUUACCAAGAUCUACGCGUGGUCGAGGUACAAAAAUUGUAGAUUCUGAUACCGAUGAGGAUGAAAGUGAUGAUUUAAGUUUAAGUGGCUUAAAUUACAAUCAGGAAGAUUUGAAAGAAAUCGAUUCCGUACGAGAAUAUGAAGUGCAAGAUGCCUUGAGGAGAGCAUGUGGUGUUGGUCAUUCAAAUCAUGUAAUUGAAAGUCAUUGGCGUGCAGGAACGAGAGACAUACCAGAAAGUGAAAAAGAAAACAAUGCCCAAAAUGUAGAAAAUGAUUUAGAUGCAAAGAUAAUUGAAAAUACGAAGCAGAAUGUAAACUCUAAACCUGAAUCGAGUAAUGAUGAGAAAGAAAAUGCGUUGAAACCAACAAAAGAAAUGAAAGAUUCAAAUUCACAUUCGAAUACUGAAGUAAGAAGAAAUGGAUUAUCGCGUAGAACGACUUAUGUUCGUAGACCAAAUACUGAAAUUGGAGACCAUCAAAUAUCAUCUGUAGCUUCUAGUCAAACCUCUAGCCAAGAAGAAGAUAUUGUGGUUCAUUCAGCGGAAAUAUCAACGAAAGAAAAACCGAUUGACGACAUGAAUAAUAUUUAUGAAUAUUAUUCUGAUUCAUCUGAUGAGAAUAUUAUACUUGAAUCACGUGAUUUAGACGAUAUAACAAAUUUAUUUGCCAACUUGAAUAAUAAUACAAACGAUAAAAGAAAAACGAAUCGAAAAAAAUAUAAAGCGGUUGAUAUCGAUGUUAAAUUACCAACGCAAUUACCAAGUACAUUAGUUCAUAAUGAAUAUACAAAAAUACCAACGAAACCGAUAUCGUUUACCAAUGCUCUUACUGUUCAAUCUGUGUUAAAUCCAAAUGCCAAAGAAUUUUAUUCAUCGUUUAGUUAUAACCGUGAUGAUAGUUUUAAAUUAGGUUCGGAAAAAGAUUUCCCUCCUCUUUCAUAAAUCUUAACUUACCACUAUUAUUAUUUUAACUCCAAGUAUUGAGUAGUUUUAAGAAAAAUAUAACAAACUUGUAAAUAUUAUCGAAGAUAAUAAAUGAGAACUCUAGGAUAUAUCGAAAUAAAUUUCGAUUUUUGCCCCAAUUUCCUAGAUCAGUUUUUUGUAUUUUUAAAAUACGUAUUUUCGACUACCAAGUAGUCAUCUCAUUGGCGAAGCACUAUUCAACUGAUGGAAGUUGAUUGGCUAGCGCCACUGAUACUACAAUUUGACAGAUACUGUGAACAGUAUAAAUUGUAGGUACACGAAAGUAUCAUUGUGCAGUCCGCCACCAAAUUAGCAAAGAGGAACAUUCAUAAUA